GUCUAAUUUGCUCCGUCAAGAAGCAAGACAGGAACUUUGAAGAGUCUUCUGUAGUUGCUUUCCACCGUUUCUAUGCAAUGUACCGCCGCUGUUAACGUCUUCAUCAACUCCACUCAACUUCGAAGUACUAGCAAGCCAACUGUCGUACAACAGACUAAAAAAAAAAAAACAACAACAAAAUUGGAAAAAGUACAACCCUAGUGAGCCAUCCAAUUGUUUUGAAAACUUUGGUGCUCAGUUCCUUUGACCUAUUCCUGCAUGGGCCGCAUAAGCGCAGGCUAAUUUUUGUAGUGCUCAAAUCAUGAAAAUUUAGUGCUCGGGCUUUCUGUUGGUGACUCUUUGUCAUUUUCACAAAUUCCAUUUGAGCUACUACGUAGCUACUAUACAGGACGUAUAUAUGUAACCAUGCACAUGUAUGCACACAACUAUGCUCAUACCUGCAUUUACUGCAUAGCUGAACUUUCAAUUUUGCAAUAAACUUUAUAAAAGCGAAUGCUACGCAACCGAACUAAACUAUGUACAGAGUGUAACCUCCAAAAAGCGAUUUGAAACAAACAUAAACAAGUGACUGCAAUAAUAACAACAACAUAAACAUUUAGUCAGUGCCUAGUGUUUAUAGUGCAGAAAAUUUUGUGCGCCUGAAAAAAGAAAACGAAAGCAUUACCGUACCGGUCAGAAGUGAAACAAGAAAUGUGGGGAAAAUUAAAAUGAAAUACAAAAAUAAUGCCGAGACGUAUAGUUUGUUUAACAAAGUGUUUUUCAACACUCCAUAAAAUUCGCAAACAACAACAAAAACAAUUGCAAAACAGCUGCUAUAGUGAGAACAGCCGCAGCUUGGCAUACAAAAACAACUCUUCAAUCGUAUGUACAAAAGCAGAACACAGAUUUCCGCUGAUCUGUGCGUUGACUACUCGAUGGAGCUGCCUAUGAAGCAGCAACUCAAUUCCGUCAGUCAGUCAGUCAAUCACCUGCGUGCAGCAAUCAAUUCUGUGUCGCAGCACCGGGCUGGGUUUCAUUGUUCCAUGCUGCUGCUGCUGCUGUUGUUGACCUGCGUUUGCAAGUGAAGCCGUUGAAGUUGUGGUACUGUGCAAUUUGUAGGCAUAGCCGGCGAAGUGUAUUCAACAGAAAAAAUAAAUAUAAAAAAAAAAACAACAAGAACAAAUGAAAAAUACAACAAAAGUUAAAGUUGAUCACCAUAACGCAACUUGUGGAGCACAAAAGCGAAACGAAAUGACAAUAUAAGACUGAACUUAACAAAACAAAUACAAAAACGACAUCGCAAGCAAAGCGUAAGGAACGUGUGACCAAACAAAAUAAUUAAGUCACAGAGACGACGAAUGUAUGAAUUCUACAAACGAUUAGACUACGAGUAGAUUGACAAGUUGGUGAUUGCGCAUGCACACCGCUAGUAUGUGAGUAACCCGCCGCAUAGUGGGUAGCACUAGGCCAGGAACGGCGCUGCAAAUAAGCGGUCAAACCAGCAAAACUUGCCACUGAAACAAACACACAAAAAAGCAACAAAAGUAGAACAAAUUAUUUUAAUUAAUUCCAAAUUCUAUGCAAUACCGCCACAAAAAUAAAAAAUCUAACAAAAGCUUUCAGCAACAUAAAAGCCAACCGCGCGCUGAAAGCGAAAUCAGUAUGAAGCGAUUUGCAUUUGUUUUUUAACGUCUCCUCAACACGCACUCACACAUACAUUAACGUACACGUACACAAGUAUAUACAGUAAACCAAAAUUUACAUAUCAACGCGUCAGCGUGCGCUUCAAAGGCGAAGAUAAGCAAUAAAUAUUCAACAGCAACUCCCAAUUAGCCAGCAAAGAUGGUCAAGGGCAUUCUAGUGAAUCGCAAGGCGGAUGACUCGCACAAGGCGCAACUGAAAAUGGAGCAUGCCGACCUAGUCGCCGAGAUGCAGACGGUGGAAAAUCUGCCAACGCAUGAACGACUGCAGUUGGCGCGUCUCCGCCGCGCACAACAGCUAAAGGUCGCGCGUCAAAAGGAGAAGGAAUGGCUAAAAUUACAACGCGCCAAAGGUAAUGCGACCUCGGCGCUCAACAACAGCCAUACGACACACCAUUUCCGUUCCAGCUCUAGCAGCGGCAGUCGGCAUAUAUCCUUUGAAAGCAGCGUGGUACUGCUGGAGGCGGCCAGUCGUAAUGAUAUGCAUGAAGUGGCCGAGCUGUUGGAGCGUGGCAUUACGCCAGAUGCGGCGAAUGAGGAUGGCUUGACGGCGUUGCAUCAAUGUUGCAUCGAUAAUAAUGUGGAGAUGUUGCAGCUGUUGUUGGAGUACGGUGCGAAUGUGGAUGCGCAGGAUAGUGACAAGUGGACACCGUUGCAUGCGGCAGCGACCUGCGGCCACUUGGAGUUGGUGCGCAUACUAAUCGAUCAUGGUGCGAAUUUGCUGGCGGUGAAUACGGAUGGCAAUAUGCCGUAUGAUCUGUGCGACGAUGAGAAUACAUUGGACUACAUUGAGGCUGAGAUGUCAAAGCGUGGCGUGACGCAAGAGCUGAUUGAUGAGACGCGUUCGUCGACGGAACGUCAAAUGUUGAAGGAUUUAAUGGAGGUGGCGCGAACCGGUGGCGAUUUGGAGGAGCCGGAUAACCAGGGCGCGACACCACUGCACAUAGCCGCGGCGAAUGGUUAUGUGCGCGUGGUCGAGUUCCUGCUGGAGAUGCAUGUCAAUGUAGAUGCUGUGGAUAAGGAUAUGUGGUCGCCGGUGCAUGCGGCAGCGUGUUGGGGGCAUUUGGAGGUGCUGGAGAUGCUUGCGCAAUGCGGUGCUGAUCUGAAUGCUAAAAACAAAGACGAUGAAACGCCUUCAGACAUUUGCGAGGAUCCCGAGAUACGAGAACGCAUUGAACAGUUGAAGACAGAGCAGGAGAGCAAACGUCUGGCAGAGGCGCAACGUCGCCGUGUGCGCCGUUCACAAAGCAACAAUACGCGCGCGCAAUCGGUGCGUCGCACUUCGCUGCGCGACAAAACGCUAACAACCAAAAAAGACGCCGUCGAAGAGGCACGUCUACGUUUGCAAGCACAAGAAGUGUUCAUUGCACCGGAUAGUGUGACGCUCUCCGAUGCGAAUGGACUUAGCAACAACACUACCAAUCAUCAUUCCACGUUGGCGCUACUGGAUGGCGUCAACGACACAACAGCCACAACAACAACAUCCGCCUCGACAAACGACUACAAUUGGCUAACGAAAGUGCCAACAAAUAAUAACAACAACCCCAACAAUAAUAAUAACAAUACGAUUAGUACUAAUAACAACAACGAUAAGAAAAUUGCAGCCUACACUGCUGCGACGGCGACAGCGAGCACGACAACGACAAAUGGCAGUGCCAACGCGUAUUUGCCACACUCACUGUCCGCCAUCGAUGUUAUGGACGCUUCAUCGCAUACGUAUAAUUCUCGUCGACCACCAGAAGGUCGCGAGAAUGAUGAAUUGCAAUUGAACGCCUAUAAAGCGAGUGGUGAACAUCAUCGUUCCACAUCGGCGACCGCGAUGAUUGUCAGCGAUCGUAAUAUGGCGGCGGCAGCUACAUCGACCGCUGGGCCGGAUGCAGUGCACAUACAGUCCAGCAAGGAGGCGGCGAAUGGCAAGAUAAAUGUGCAAGUGACGGUGCUAGUGGACACCACAAAUACCCAUCAGCAUCAACAACAACAGCAACAGCAACAACAACUAAGUCAACUGCAAAUGCCUAAUACGGCUAUGUCGGCCACGCUUAUCCAACCACAUACACUCUCUUUGGAGAGCCUCAAUUCUGCCUCCGCUUCUUAUGCCGCAGCCACAUUGGCAAAUUUGAAGAAGCAACGUUCACUUUCGCGCACAAACAAUGUAUUGAUUAGUGAAAAUGGUUCUGUUUUAGGAGCCGCCAACAACACCAGCAACACGAUCAACAACCAUCUGCAUGCUGGCAGCACCAACAACAACAAUUUAAUACUUGCUGGCGAAACUACAGGCGGUGGUGCAGUGCAUCAACAACCCCUCAGCGGUGGUCUACAUCCUAGUCUUUUGGAGUUCAAUGGCGCCGGCAGUGGUGGCGGUGGUGGUGGUGGCGGCAGCAUAACAAGUGGUGGAGAGCAGUCGACAGCUUACUCGAACGCUGCAGCGAUGAAUAAGUUCAGCGGCAUAACGGGCGAUGUUGUUAGUGAUAGUACGCGUUCCAAGAAAUGUUGUACGCUAAUGUGAAUGCAAAUGCGCACGAGUGGGUGGAGGAGCAGAGGGAGCAGUACGGUGAUGAGAGCAGCAUUUGUAAUGGUUUUAUGUUGCAUGUGAAAUACGAAUGUAUGUAUGUAGGUAUGUAUGUACAAGUAACUUGCAGCUCGAGUGUAGCAGCGUGGCACAAUGCAGUAUUUGCUGUCAAAUCAAUUUGAACUAACAGGGUAUUAACUAAUCAGUGCGUAUUUAAAGUUUGUUGCACUGCAAACACACACACACACACACACAAAAUUAAGCAGAAAUUACACUUUUUAAAUGUAAGCACAAUUCAUCGCUCACCAACCAAUUCGAUUGAAUGCUGCUGCGCUGCGCGCGCACGCACAAUGGAAUAUGGCAACGACAAGGUUUGGUUGUAGCAACCGGUGUUGGAGUGGGGCGAAAAAUGCAAAUGUUUAAAAUAUGAGAAUAAUUAUAUGUAGAUAUAUGUAUGAAUUUGGUAAGUAUUUAGGUUACCUGAAUUGCAAAGUAAAACCCAACAAAAUUAUUUUAUAGAAGAUUAUAAAAAUGUCAUAAAAUAAAGAUUUAUUUCGGAAAGGAAAUUCCUAUUUGGUAAUUUUUCAUUAAACUCCAAAGCCGAAUUACCGCUUAAUAAUACCUACAUAAAAUGUGGCCGAAUGAGUUGGUGCGUGGUUACCAUUCGGAAGUUCACAGGCUCGAAACCCUGAACACGAAACACCAAAUCAUAGAAAAAUAUUUUACUAAUGGCAAACCGCCGAAUGUAUUUAUGCCAUGAAAAAGCACCUCACAAAAAAAAACAUUAUCUGCCAUUCGGAGGUGGCAUAAAACAGUAGGUUCUUCCAUUUGUAGAAAAAUAUCAAGACGCACGCCACAAAUAGGAGGAGGAACUCGGCCAAACAUCCAGCCAACUAUAUAUAAUAUAUACAGUCUGUGUCAAAAAAAAGGAACCGCGACUAUUCAUGAAGUAUAAAAGAUAUCUAUUUUAAUUUUUUUUUACAUGAAAGUAUCUACAAAACUACGAGUCGCAAUUACUCAUUAAGCCGUGUAGGCUCCAUCGUUGCCGAGAAUAGCCUGACAUCUUUUCGGCAUGCUUUGAAGCUUUUCUGCGUAGCUCGUCGACAAAGGGGUCCAGAUUUUGCGAGCUUGGCGCACGAGUUGGCUUACAUCAUCGACUGGCUUUCCGGCAAGAUGCGUUUUCAUAGUUCUCCACACAUUUUCAAUGGGGUUGGCGUCUGGAGACUGGGAAAGGCAGUCCAUUACUGUGACUCCAUUUUCUUGUUUUGUUGCUUCUAAUGCGUUUUUCUUAGAGCAGUGGUUUUGAUGAUGGAGUGAUUGGAUGGAUGGACGGUAGGAUAUGUUCGCCUCCUUCAGUCGACAUUCGAUGGUGUUGAUACUCACAUCUAUUCCAUUUUUAGCAAGAACUGAUCGUGCUUGGCGUAGUCACAAAGUAUGGUCUCGCUUAAAAAUUUGGACGAUCACUUUAUCCUGCUUUUUUGUCGUCACUCGCUUCAAGUCGCGCUCGGAAAAGUCAUCAACAUUUUUGUACUUCUUAUACCGCUGAUUCCACAUCCCAACAAACUUUUUUGUAUUCACUUUUGCAGCCGCAGUGUAAGAUAAUUUCGGCCCUUUCGAAUGCGUACAUAAAAAUACCGCCUCAAAACGCUUCGCGUACUUCUCACUCAUUUUUGUUUGGUUGCGUUUACGGGAUAUUUUCGAACGACACUAACCUAAGUUAGCACUGACGACAUAGCCCUUGAGUGGAACUAUUGCGCAGAAAAAGCAGAACGAAAUAUAUCUUGAAAUUACAAGAAAAAAAACCGGUUCUUUUCUUCUGGCACAGGCUGUAUAUAUAUAUAUAUAUUAUUUAUAUAUAUAUAUAUAAAGCAUAUUAUGAUAUGGGGACUUGCAAUUCGAUGAAAUUAUUCAUAAGCAAUCAAAAAGUGAAUUUUUGACUUGUUUUGUUAGUCACCCCUUUUGCAUUUCGGGUGACAAUACGUAAUUGUAUAGAGAUAUUUAGACAAGUAUUACAGUUUAGGUAAGUUAUUGAUAUUUUCUUUGAUGCGUUGUUAAAGCAUUUAGAGCGCGCCUAAUGGUAUGCUCCUUAUUUAUAAUUUACCUUCGUUUACUUUGGCUUUAGGGCUUUAUUAGGUUUGCACUGCUAGUUUAACUAUGCUUGCCAGCUAAACUAAGUGCAAACGCUCAAUUUUAUAGGGUUAAAUUCAGUUUUAAAAUUAGCUACAGUUAAACGAGCACUAACAGGCAGGACUUGAAUGGCCAGGCAAUGUUUUAAUGCCUUCUUAGAACUUAUGGCCAGCGAUUGGUUUUAGCCACAUUUUUCUAAUCAUCAUCACCAUCAGCAUCAAUUUCAGAGUUCCAAGUUGGAGCAUAAGGCUAAAUAUUUUUCUAAUGAGUUGAUUAAAAAAAAUGCAUUCGUUUUUUAAUUAUGAAACCAAGUAAUUUUACUUACAUUUUGCCUCUUGGCACAACCCAUUUUUCCUAUGCUUUUACGGUGCUUAGAAAUCAGUUGCUCAAUUAAUUUUUUGUAACUGUUAUCUGAAAUCUAUAAAAAUAUAAAAAAGGUAGUUUUUUUCUGUAAAUAAUGUUAAUCAACCUCAGUCAUUUAUUUAUUGGUUAAUUAUUUUUGACUUUUAUUCAAAAAAAAAUUAGGACCACUUACAAUUGAUGAGUUUCCACCCUAUGUGCUAUGAAUCUUAUUGCUGCUGCAAUAAGAAAAAAUACCCAAAUUCAUCUGAAAUGUCAUAAAUACGAGCCGCUCUGGCAAUAGACCUCACCACUGUAGAAAUUGGCGGAUUUCACUCUGAUGGCUACGAAUGAUGACAUUUAAGAAUGAGGCGCAUUUGUAUCGCCCUGUAAAAUGUUUAAGUUGCAAAAAGAGUAGUGAAGUAAAUCUCAAAUUCUCCUUAUAAAAAAAAAAAUCUCCUUAAAACAAAAAUCUCUUUAAAAAAACUUCAAUUGAAAUCAAAUUUGAUUAAUUUUUGUUCAAGAAUGAGUGAAUAAUAAGAAAGACAAAGUGACAAUUUUCGGUUCAGUAUGAUUUCAGAUGAUUCAGUAAUUCUAAUAUGAUAAUAAAAAAAUUUAUUUCAAAAUUUCUGCUACAAAACAAAGAUACUGAAAUAAGCACUGCUAAGAUUUAUGAUCUUCCCAAGACGAAUCUAUUAAAGGUGGUUCGGUAAUGAUGCUCACACUCCCCGUACGUCCGUACGCCCGUAUCAACUGACACGAUGAACCAACGAUCUACAAUACUACGGAACGUAUCGGUGCUGCAAAUUUAUUUACAUGGGGCUCUCAUUGGUUUCAUCGUGUCAGCUGAGUGUGGGCACCAUAAAUCAGGCUGUCAGUCCAGAAUGACACAAGGUGAAUUCAUUCUAUGUUUUCUACUUUGACAAUCAAACGUACAAAACAUUGCUGUUGGUAUCGUGCCAUCACCUUUAAUGAAUGUGCCUUGAAUUCAUUCCCCCCUUUCAAAAAUUGUGAUACAAAUAAAUUUAAGGUCAUCUAAAAGCUGUAAAAAAAUUUUUAAAAUUUGUUUAAAUUUAAUUUAAUUUAAAGAUUUUACCAUCAAUACAUAUCGACAUUUGAAUUCAUUAAAAAAAAUGUAAUAAUGGUGAAAUUUGUUUCCGUCCUUUGUCAUAAAUAAAUAUUUUUUGUACAUAUUGUACUAUAAUUUUCUUUGCAAAACGGCCAGUAUUUUGUGAUAAAAUGUAUGUACAUAAAGAUGUACAAACAUACAUAAGUAAUAUACGUAUAUUUAGUUCAUGCAUUAAUUUCAAAAAUUCAACAAAAUUAUUAAAAUCCCAGAAAGUAAAAAUAAUAUUUUAAAUAUAACAAAUCUAAUUCGAAUUUUUUUCUAUUGCCAUUUAAGCCAUAGUAUUCGAUUCUGCUACGAAAAUUGCGUAAUACAAUUAAAAUCAUGUCUUUCGUAACCAAAAAAAUUUAUAUUUUAAUUUUUUUUUAUAUAUAGGUAUGUAGUAUUACCAGGAACUUAGGUGAAAGUAGAGGAGUUGAAAUUUUUUUUUUCCUUGUUCACUCUUCCAUCGUACACUGGUCUGUGCUGUUUGCAUCGUCCCAUGAGAUGUCGGCAUCUGCUAGUUCGCGCAGCGUCGACCUUCUCCAAGUGUUUUUUGGUCGACCUCAACCUCUGCUCUCUUACGGCUUCCAGUCCAGAGUUUUGUUAUUUUUGUCGAGUUUUGGGUGGUGUUUAAAAAAAAUAAAAGAUACAAAUAAUUUAUUUGUAUUUCUUCAUUUAGCACGUUGGUAGUGAUGAUUUUUUUUCCUUUGGACUUUCUCUUUCUAUGGCCUUUUGACAAAACAACUUUUGUGACUUUAAGAGGUUUUGCUUUGAGCUUAAUAAAUUUUGAUUUAUCAUACAAAAAUUUUGUAUUUUAUUGAGAUUCUUACUUAAGCAGCGGCUACAAAUGAUUAAUUGAUUAACUGUUUCGAGGAAAGCAAGCAAUUCACUGUCUGACAGAAAAAAAGUGCUAAGGCGAGUUAAGUUGUUUGAUCAAAAGUGCGCUGUUAGAUAUGCUGAGCACUCAAGAAUAAUAAUUAUUUUAAUAUUGUAAUAUUUUUUUUUUCAGCAGCUUUUAUUAUUAUUAUCUUAGAUAUGUAAUAUAAAAAAUUUAAAUUUUGUGUUUAUAGAUAAUUGAGUUUUCUCGCGUGUUCAUUAAAACUUAAACAGAUAUUCAAGCAGCCAUUAAUACUAGUACAGGAUGGGCCAUAUAGCGUUUGCUUUUUGAACCACCUAUUUUUUUGAGAAUGGUAACAUAAAUGACAUGUCAAAUGUGUUCAUAAUUUACUUAAAGGUUUGACAUUUACGAAAUGGGACGCUAAUAUUGAAAACCUAUUUCCAAAGUGGUGAGUCUUCUUUUUCUUCCGCGGUUACAGUAAAUGGCGAGCGUUACCGUGACAUGCUCAACGAGUUUUUGUUUCCAAAAAUUGAAGAGGAUGACAUGGACGACAUUUGGUUUCAACAGGACGGUGCAACUUGUCACACUACCAAAGUUAUACUCGAACUUUUGGCAACCGUUUUUCAAAACCGAUUAAUCAGCCGAAAUUCCGAUAUCAGUUGGCCACCUCGGAGCUGUGAUUUAACCCCGUUGGACUAUUUUUUGUGGGGACCCGUUAAGGACAAAUGCUAUGCGAACCAUCCAGAGACGAUUGAUGCUUUAAAACACGAAAUCGAAGUUGCCAUUCAUGAAAUUGGAGCCCAAACAAUCGAAAAUGUGCUUUAAAAUUGGUUUGAUCGAAUGGUCUGCUGUAAAGCCAGUCGUGGCAGUCAUUUGAACGAUAUUAUUUUUCAUUCAUAAAUGACAAUGUUCAAUCUUCAAAAUAAAAAAAAAAAGUUUGGAAAAAUAUUGAUUAGUUUUUUUUUAUAGCCGAUUCAAAAAGCAAAUUUUACAUGGCCCACCCUAUAUCUUAAUGUAAUCUUAUUGUAUUACUGAUACAACAACAACAACAAUUAGUAUCUUAAUUUAUUAUUUAAAAAGAAAUUAGUUUUGUAUUUAUAGAUAUUUCAGUUUUCGCGUUGUUUAUUAAAACAGAAGUGCGAGAGACAUAAAGC